GGAGUCUUCGAAGUUGUGAACUCUGCUGUUUACCUCGUACGAUUCGUUUGACAUAUGGAAGUGAACCUCUGUUCUCAAUAACCUACUUAUCAGCUCAUAAUCCUUCUACUGAGCGAUGUUUUCUUCACUAGGGGGUAAAACGUCCUUGUUUCGCGUCACGCUCGUUGGAAUUGGGGGAGUUGGUUGCUGUUUGUUGUGGAGAGCGAAGAAUGGACAUUCAUCUGUCAAUGUAGUUGCGGCAAAGUCUCCCGAUAAUGGUCCAGGGCAGACACAAACUCGGCGAAAGACAAAAUUUGAUCAGUUUGCUUCCAUUGAAGUGGACGGGCGGUAUUUCAUGACUCCAGCUGAUUUCCUGGAAUCUGUCAUGAACAAAGAUUCACCAGGUGAUGAUCGCGACUGUACUCAGACACACACCCACUAAUGCACAUUUAUUUGACUUAACCCCUUUCAUAUACUUCAACCCCUGUCACCAUCUCCAUCUGGAAAGGUCAAUGAACAUAAACCUUGGUUGUUUCUUUCAACCAUUCCUACCUCAGCCUGUGGGAAAUUACUUGAUAGGACUAUGCAGCACAAUCAACAAUCAAUUGCUGUUGAACAGAUAAACAUCAACAAAGUUACUUAAAAGUGGGGGAUCGAGUCAUUCCCCUUUCAAACCACUGGUUCUUGGACCAAAAGUUUGCCACAAAUUGUUAAGAAAGUUUUCAAAAUUUGUUUUAACCUCACCAAAAUCUUUGAGUGAGAAAAAUCAGCUGAGCAGGUGAUCCAGAGGAACAUGAUUUGAGGCUGAUUUAAGUGUAGAGUUUUGUUACAUUAUGUGAAAUCUGCUAUCAUCAGGGGGCAAUUUUGAAGUUGAAACAUCAAAGGGAUAAAGAGGCCUUCAGUUAACGAUGUUUUUAUCACUUGAAAUAGUAGAUUAGAGGUUUCUGAGAAAUUGCUUUUGUAAAUUGCAUUGAAUCAUCCGACUGAAACUUCUCAGCUGGGUUUGUUUGAAGUUUCUGUUGUAACAGAAAUAAACAAACUUGUGCUUUUCUUUUAUAAACAUGUACAGGAUGGAGUAAGAAAAGGCCAUUAACAAAGGACGUAAGUUUGAAACCAACAUUGUUUUGAUUAUUUAUUAUUUAAUUGCAUUGCUGCACUGCUUAUAAAUAUAAGUGCAGUGCAGUGCAGUAUUGUAAUUAAUAUUUAAAUAUUUAUGAAACAAGUCAGGAAAACUGGAUUGCAUAUGUGAGGUGAAGGUAUCACAAACUUUGCACUCUGCACUACUCAUUUAUACUCUUGGGUGAAGCAUGACACUGUAAGAAUGAAAUGUCUUGCCUAGUAAGGACACAAUGUACUAACCCUGGGCUUGAACUUGGGUCUUUCAUUAUCUCCCACCAAGCUGAUUACUGGAUCAAGGGGUCUCCUUUGUGAAAUAUAUUAUAUCAUGACAUUUAUUUCCAAUGUGUACAAUGAAAGCUGAUCUGUGUAGGAACAGAUGGGUCCAAGCCAGUCUGUGUUUUUGAAGUGCGCAAAUUCAAAUUCUGGAUUUCAACUUGAAAUAAUUUAGAAGCAAAUUUCUGGUCUUGACUGGCAGACAUUCAAAGUUUUCAAAGAAGUUUUUCUGUGUUUGUUCAACACUUGUCCAUCCAAAGGAAAUAUGUGUUAUUGUAACCCAUUUAGGUUCAAACAUGAUUUCAAAAUUUAAGACUUGGUGGUUGUAUGAUAACAUACAUAUUAACUGGGUUUGACUGGGAGGUUGGAAAUAUUUAGUUCUUGGUCAUUGAACAUGGCCCUCACUCUGUGGAGUUUGGAAUUCAUGACCUUAGGCCAAAUAAAUUUUUUGUCCAGCCCUCCUACUCAGUCAAUAAAUAAAUAGUACUGGUAAACAAUGGCAGCAUAUACCUUCUUCUUGUGACUCAUAAGUUACUUCUUUUAUUUACUUUUAGGUUCUUUCUCAGAUGGUCUACAAUACACCCUCAAUAUCAAAGGGAUCUAGGAAUUUUUUUCGCAAGCUGCAAGAUAAUGGUAAUUUCAUUUAUAUGUUAUUAACAAUUAAUUUCUUACUUGCUAAUUUGUGUAACAGAUAUUGUCCUCAAAUUGUUGUUUUUGAUUUAUGCAUGAAAAUAUUUUUUAAUUGUAAUCUAUGUAAUUCAAGAUAACUAUUUUUUUUUAUAUUUUUGCUUACUAGGAGUCAUCACCUUCUCUGAAUACUUGUUCCUUCUUACCAUUUUAACAAGUAUGUUAUUACAACUUUUUUCCUAUAAGUACAUUAAAUUGGGACUUUGAUGUUGACUACAUCCGCUUCAGACACGAACGAGUUAUUGUGUGACAACAACACCGUAAAGACUCAUCAUGUUUUCGUUAAAAAAUCUGAGCGAUUGACAUGAUGAGUCUUUACGGUGUUGUUGUCGCACAAUAACUCGUUCGCAUCUUAAGCUGUUAUAGCCAUUGGUGAUGUUCACCAAUGUUCACCAAUGUUUAAGCUUCUGUUUGAUGUUCACCGAUGUUCACCAAUGUUCACCAGUGUUUUUUUACUAAAUAUCUUUUAAUUUUCUGUAUGUUUAACUUCUAAUAAGUUGUAUUGGAUUGAGGACCAACUCGCCGACGUCUCUACUCGAUUUUAUACGUCGGCGAGUUGGCGUCAGCGAGUUGACUGGUUACCAAUUUAUAUAGUGGUACAUUUAUACCAGUCAUGUAUAUACAAAAAGUUGGCACAUGAGGUGCAGCCAAGUGUGUCACUGAUGUUCUUACCAGAUUUCAACAUCUUUUGUGAUCUAUCACUGUACAGACCCAGUCAGCAAUAUGGUCUCUAUUUGUUUUAAAUGAUAAAAAUGCUGUCUUUGGUAAUAUCAUCAUACUUCUUUCCUUCAUUUUGUGAGAAGCUGAAUUAUUCACACUUUUUGACUGGUUCUUACUAAUGAUGGAUUUGUACAAAUGAUGUGAUUUAUAGAUCUAUUAUAGAAUUGGAGUAAAUUUUCUUAUAAAUUUAUUUUUCCAGAAUCUCAAAGAGGAUUGGAAAUCGCUUUCAAAAUGUUGGAUAAAGAUGGCAAUGGCCGGCUUUGUAAAGAGGAAUAUUUUGUGGUAGGUUAAUUCAGAUAACACAAGUUUACACAAAGUACACAGAGAUGUUAUGGCACUGUUUACUACUGUGCUUCACUUGUAACUAACUGAACACCUCAAACUAGGUUAAAGGUUACUGGUUAAUGUGUGAUGUGAUUACUUGUAUAAACAAGAUUCUUGUUUUGCUUUAGUGAGUGACUGGUGAUUGAUUUACCAAUCAAUCCAUUCUUUCCUCUGUUUCCUUAUGUUUUAUCAGCUUGAAGAGAUGGUUAAUAAAAAGUCUUCUGCAAAAUCAAUGGUAAGGAAUAAAAACUUUGAUUUUAAUAAAAAAAAAAAGUUGGAAUUUAGAAGAUGUAAAAUUAUGUGAAUAAGUGAAUUAUUAAAUAAUCUUUUUUGACUUUUUAUAUAAAUUAUUUUUUUUUACUCAUGUUCAGGCAAUACGAGAAAACGAAAAGGAGAAUCAUGGCUGCCUCGAGAGGACCACACUAACCAUGCAUCUGUUUGGCUCCAGGGGAACUGGCCAACUUACUUUAAGUCAGUUCUCCAAGUAAGUUACUCAAUGUUUGCCUAAGAGAAGUCAUAAAUAUACAGACACAUGCGUUACAGGUUACAAUAUAAUACUAAAGAAAAGGGCAAACUAAUUCUUGACUUUUAUUAUUCUUUUUAAUAGAUUUAUGCAAGAUGUUCAACUAGAGGUCCUUGAAAUGGAAAUAUCCUUUAGUAAUACAUGCACUUAAUAUAACAUCUGUGAAAACAGAUGUAUUUUCACGAUUUUUGGUCACAAAAUCUACGAGAACAUUUCAAAUUCCAGUUCAAAAAAAGUCAACACAACAAAAUAAAAAUAAAUGUGAGAUGGAUUCUUACAGUUUACUAUACCUAAACGAGAAUAACGAUGACAAAAUAAGGUGGAGAUCUUUCAUGAGUAUAACUCUCGUGUCCUGUGUGGUGGUAAAUUUUCAUUUAGGGUAGUGAGGGUGUUAAAUUUGGAUUUCGGUCGUGGAUCAAACUUCGGUGAUUUGAACAUUGUGGCUACCCCACCAAGACCUGCAUCUCAGACCAUUGCUACAAUGCGCCUGUCCAUAGCUGGGUGCUCUUAAAUCGGUUCCUUUCUGAAAAGUAAGGAUCAGCAGUGUCGUGAAUGUCCUGUUUAGCGCAAGAAAAAAAAUUAGCUCGCUCGUCGAAAGACCAAUGAUGUGUAGAGAAGGUGUAUUUCCAAGGUAAAAACCGUUAGUAAAAUGAAUUCCAUAACUGUGUCCACUUUAUGGAAUAUUCAAGGGGUAUGCCAACCAUACCAGAAGACAGUUUUGCUCGUUUGCUGCUGAGAAAUACUUCGUUGGAGGAAGAGGAAAUCCAGAAGUACUUAGACAGACUUGGAAAGAGACUGACUCAACGAAAGGUAGGAUCUUUUUAAUUUGUUACUUCUGUCAUUAACUGUUAGUGGUAUCGUAAUCAGUUCAAUUGCUUUUAUUAAAACCCGGUUUCUUUGAAGUAGCAUCCGUCCUGCAACACACUCGUCACAUAACACACCCGCACGUAACUCGCAUGUUGUGUGACGAAUCUGUGUGGCAGCUGCGCAUAGCAGGUUUCAUAGUCGUAGGACUUUUGGCACGAUUGAGACCAUAUGAUGGAGUCAUGAUCUCUUGCGCCGUAACGUUACUCCCUUUCCAUCCCUCCCUUCCACCCCUUCUUUCUCUCCAAGAGAAUGCCAUUUCUCCAGAGGGGAAGCAUCAUUUCGUAACGGGAGAAUGGUUUCCAUGUCAGCCCUUGUUUUGUUUUUACGAUUGAUCAGAAAGUUCUUAGUCAGUUUUAUGCAGACCAGACUGCUGCGUUGAAUACCUCUCCACAUCAUGUGAAGAGGCAUUUAAUUAAAAACCCAUAUGAGCCAUAUGAGGGUCUUAUUUUCUACGACUUGAUUAAGAAUUCCUCAGUCUCAAAGGCUCUCUCCUUUCCCUGACUGGAAAAAAAUAUCGUGGAAAUUAUUCAACUGUCAACAACUUGUUUCUUGAAGGGAAUUACUCUUGAGCAGUUCCUGAGGUUUGGAAUGUUUCUCAACAACCUGGAAGAUUUCUCAUUGGCCAUGAGAAUUUACUCUAUCGCUGGACAGGCCGUCACACAAGGUACGGCAACGAACAUCAGUCCUCUGUGUUUUAUAUCUUGUUUUGAGUUUAGUUCGAUUUGUGGAGGUGCGCACCGGGAAAACUCGUUCCUCUUUUACAAGUCCAAGCUUACUAACGGGAAAUACUUGGUGAACAUGGUAUUUGAAAGUCACUCAGGUUUUUUUUCCUUUCUUGUUGUCAUUAUUGCUUUAACCUCUCACUCUUAAGAUCUGAUCACUAUAAUUCGCCCCAUCUAGAUGGUUUGGGGGGAGGGGGAGGAGGAGGGCUGGGUUUUUAGGGGGAAUGGAGGGGAAGUCAGUCUUCACCAUCAGGUUAUAAAGGGGAGACUAUUAUAAAUUGGCUGUUAACGAGGAGGGAAUCGUUCGAUUAUUACAAAGCCUUAUAGGGAGGGGGGGGGGAGAAUCUAUCGUGGUAGGUAAAUUCUAUCGUGACAACUAACAUCCUUCCAGCCCACUCACCCCUCCCCUAGGCGAUAAAUAAUGACCGAACCCCUGGCGAUAACUAUUUACGGAUGAAAAGUUAUCUAGUUGAAGUUGAAAGAGGCAGGUGUUUUUCCGUUUGAAAAUUUACAUUAUGAAUGUUUAUGUGUUAAGUGAAAUAAUAUUCGACAUCCAUCAGAUUACGUUGGUACCUCUUAACAAAAGACCUAUGCAAGUUUGAUGUUUGCGUGUAACUUGUAUUCAACUGAGUGCUCUAAAUUGAUAAUUAGAUUGAUAUAUUUCGGAAGGGAACGGUUUUUGCGAUUUAUGUAUUGAGUCGUCAUUCCUUUUGCAUGCCCUAUCGGUCGCCUGUAACUACUGGAAUACGCGCCACUGGAUUUAAUCUAAGUAGGAAAAUCGCCAAACGGAGUUAAGUUGGAAGGUCUGUCGGUGACUCUUUCCAGACGUUUUUGUUUCCUUUACAAUUUACACACAGGAAAAAAAAUCAAACGAGCUAACUCUGAGAUCCUUUCAAAGGUUGUGGUUGUCAGUGAAAGAGCUGCAAAAUAUUCUUUUGUUGCACGCAACACUGAGCCAUAAUUAUUUUUUUUUGCCGGACUCCCGCCGUUUUGGCGGAACCGCAUUUAUCAGCCGGUGCCACGAGCCUGAUGUAGGCUAAGGAUGGGAAAAAAUGUGUCUUAAAAAAUAAAAAGAAAAAAAGGAUAGAAAUUUGAGUUAUGUUGCGUCUUCUUCGUUGGCCUUUUUCGGUCAGGCUAUGCUCAAGGUGUUAUCCAUGACCUCUUUUACGACGGAAUUAAUGGAAAACUGCCAUUUAAAGUCGACCGAUAAUUGACGCGACUAAGUUUGCAAACAAAUAUAUUUAAGGGUCUAUGUUAGUUUUUCGUGACAAGUUUGACCUUGAUCUAAAUUACUGGUUUGAAGAGUAAAAGAGAGACCGAGUGGAGUUACUCCGUUCUUUGUUCGCCAGAAACAUAGAACUCGCAAGAAUUCUGCUCUAAAAGCUCUAUUCAUGACGCCAUAUAUUAUGGGGUUGAUGGAACAACUGCCAAAGCCGAGAUAUAUGUAUAAAAUGAAAACCUGCCGUGGGAUAGCGAGCUUAUGUGCCGAGAAAGAAUCGACCAUGUCAAUAAUAGCUAUAGGUCCCCAACAGAGGAUAAAGCCCAGCACAGCCGCGAAAAGAGCUUUCGUGAUCUUUACUUCUUCGACGUUAAAGGGAAGAGUCGUCCCUUGUCUUUUACAGCUCAUUUCGUGGUUGUGUUCUUUGAUGGUUCUAAAAAUCUUGUAGUAAGCGAACAUGAUGAUUGCAAUAGGAAUCCCGAUAUAAACAGCAUCCAAAUACGUCAUGUAAGCCAUGUCGAGGUACGGUGUAUCGAAGUCCAUAAAACAGAUCACUUUACCGUAGUGCACGAUAAAUGUGGCCCACUGAGCCAUCGAUGAAAGCCCCGCACCAAAAGCUGCGAAAAGUGUCAUGGCAACCACAGAAAUACACGUUGAUUUUACUUUAAAACGCUGACGAUAAAGGUUAGGUUUCACCACGCGAAAAUAUCGGUUCAAAGCCGUUGCAGUCAUAAGCAGCAAAGAGUAUAAUGCACAGAAAAAACAAAAAAAUCAUUGGAAAUGACAAACAGCACUGCUGAAUGGCCACUCUCCUGUCAUAAGAAGAACCACGGACAUUGGCAUACAUAGGACUGCCAUGAGAGCAUCAGAUAUGGCCAGAGUGACGACGUAGAUGUUUGGUAUGGUGCGAAGUCGUUGGUUACGAUACACAGCCCAGCAGACUAGCAUGUUACCUAUGAAGGCCAGAAUAUUGAUAAACAUCAUAAGAGCACUUUCGAAGACAACCAAACCAAGUGAUCUUUGCUGCAGCUCUUGAAAAAGAAGCGCUUGUCCCUCCGUAGCCAUCUGUUCAAGAAAAUUGUAACACUCUAGCAGUUGUGUAGCAUGAUUUUUUGGAAGCGUCGUGCUAGCGAUGAUUUACAUCGUGACGACUGGUUAAUUAGACAGCUGUUCCUUUUGAAUCGAGAGGAAUUCCUUGUAGUUAAGGAGUGUUAAAGUUGUUGCAUGGGAAUAAACCGUUAUGACCACAGCGUUUAAUGUGUGGCUAUUCUCGGAUAGAAAGUUAGCAUUGUUUAUCUGCGAAGAGGCAGGUGUGAGUUUGUUGCAGUUACUUCCUUUGUCAGGUUAAUGAAGCAAGUUAAUAAAUUAAUAUUCAACUUUUUCGCAUCCUUCACCAAAGACUUUUUAUAAUCGUGAAACAAAUUAUUUGACGGUAAAGUAAAGUAAAAUAUAAUUAGAGUCAUGUCUUCAAAGUUUAAACGUCUUAAAGUAGCCAUAAAUUUCGCGGGAGGUUGUUUAUCGAACAGGUUAAAAACUUUCUACCCGAACAACAGCAGCUGCCGUACGUAUAAUUUCAAUAUUUUUAUUUUCAUUUUUCAAUCUACAAAUCAUGGUGAAUACAGAAAUACAACAAAAUUCAACAAGAAGACAUCAACUCAACUUUAUAAGCUUAAUUAAUCAUAUUGUUGUUUAGUCAAGUACAUGCCUACAAACCACAAGUAUAUUUAGAACACUUGAAAGAUAAUCAUCAUGGGAAGACCAACAAGGAGGGCAAUUGUCCGGAUAAACUUUAAAUGAAGAAUAACAGUUAUGGUUAAUCAUUCAUAACAACAGUUAAAUCCUCCGAGCUUGGAAGAGUCUCUUUCCUUGUGUUUUAUUUUAUGCUUUUGAUAAGUUAGUUGCUAUCGUAGGUGAUCAGUCUUUAGCCUGCAGAGUAGACGUAUUUUUUUUGGCGUUUUUCAGUCGAACAGAGGCCUGCACGAGGCGAGCGCGAAGUGUGAGUCACGUGUGAAGGGAGGAGCGCAUAUUUUUGUGCUCCUCCCCUAGCGCGUGCGCAUGACUCGCGCUAAUAACCUCACUAAACUUGCAAAUAACUUGCGUAUAACCUUACUGGUCGUAAAUUGUCUUCACAUGCUAAUGAUGCAUGCGGCCCUGGACGUCGUCAAUUGGAGAAAAAUUCGGUAAUAUUGGCGGAUCCCGCAAAACUACAACGCGUGGUUCACAAACAGCUACUGACGCUUGAAUUAACAUUUAAAUUGAAGGAAAGGACUGGGAGAUAACUGUCUACACUACUCAGUCUAGCGAGGGUAUUAUUGAAAAAUUACAUUUCAGUCAAAUUUGAUGUCAGCAACCCCGCCCUCGAAAAAACAACAACAACAACAACAACACCAAUAGCCAUUAGAAAUGCGGUUAAGUAAUUAUUAAUCCACACAAAUGUAGGUAACGACUACUGACAACAAUUACAAAAAACAUUUACGUUAAUGCAGAGGCAUAUUUUUUUCGUGGCACGCUGUAAGACAAAAAACUAAAUGGUUAUAGCCGAUAAACUCCCUUGAAAGGUUUCUAACAAUGUGCCGAAAACUGCCAAAAAGGUACCAGGAAAUUUUCAGUGUCAAGCAAGCUUGAUUUACUGGACAAAACCGGCUUUGUUCUGAUCAUAAAAGCGAAUAACUAGUGUUUCUACUGGGAAAAAAAGUGAUUUUAGAGUUACUACGGCUUGAAGCACCGAGACUAUUGAAAAUGUAGAUGAUGUUUUGUAAUUCAGUUACACCCGUAAAUUAUUUGUAACAAUUCUACAUCUUAGAUUUGGCUCUCUGCUAAACUUGAUCUUAUUUUAAGCAAACUGAUCACAAUUUGUGGCGUGCGUGGUGAAAACUGUGAAACACGAAAAGUUGAAUACGUAUAUUUUCGAAGAUUGGGUAUACACAAGGUUUUAUCGCAUUUCCUUGAGCUAAAUAGAUAAGGGUAAAUGGAAAGGGGGGAGAAACAAACAGAAAGCAAAGAUUCAUUAAGCCAUUCGGGCAAUAUAAAGUGAUUAUAAAUCAAUCGAUCGAACAAAAACAUCAAAUUCUCCUCCGGGUAUAACCCGUAUGGGCAUUUCAUUUCUUUGAUGUUCCCGUGGGUGGUGCGUAAGAACUUGACAUCAGUGGUUGAUAUCAGGGCCGUAGUGCUGGUGGGUGAUUAGCACUAAGCGCCUAGAUUGCUUUUUUUUACUACCUUACUUGGAGAAGUGAUCGAAGCUUUAGAGGAUUUUAAGAGAAAAUCGCGUCCUUAAAAAUAAAAGGGCGGAGGUAAAGGCAUUGAGGAAGCUUUUUCGCGCGUAAAUGGAAUAUUUGUCAGGAGUAGAAACAAUUGACCCGAAAAUGGAGUCUGAAAGAUAUAAUCAAAGUGUACAUUUUCAACUUUCCUAGAGGAAAGAGGUAGAAAAUUUCGAGACAUGAAUGGAUCCAAGCGUUGAAAUGCGUGGGGGCUUAAAAUUUAUGAUUCAGUUAUUCUGUAUCAGUUUGUGUGGUAUAUUAGGAUUGUUAGGGAGUCUUUUUUUGUCGGCCCUAAGAUGAUGUCUCACUAGAAUCUUCAUUAUGUUCCCGCAUACACGAUUUCCUGUGCCAAACAAAUUAACAAAUGAUUACAAUUAGUGUAAAUUAAAUGUUCUCAUUGUUUUUAAUGGUAAUGAAUGUUUGGCGAUAUGAGAGUGUUCGGUGAUUUUUUUUAAUCUUUUUAGGUAUUUGUUUGGAGUAUGGAAGAUCUUUUCUUACAAAAUUCGUCAUUGAAUAGACUCUUAUUUAAUUUCGUUUAAGGAUUACCAAACAAACGAAGUACAUGUAAAGAGAAACGUUUAGGCCACAAGAGAGUACUUCGGACGAGAAGUGUCAUCUAUUUCUCCUUGAAGCAGGAGAGACUGUUUCCUGCUUCAAGGCAACGGAUACGGGUUACAAUUGCCAGAAGUUAAACUGACAUUUCAAUGUAAAGAAGUAACUUUCAUUUUCCGUCGUGUCUCAAUAAACGCGUUUUAGAAGUGCGCGAAAAUAAUCUCGCUUUGUCAUUUACAAGAUCAUUUCAUUCGAAUCGCCAUCUUCUCGAGCACUUUACUUUCAUUGACAGUGUUUUUUCUAAGUAUGCAACAUCUAUUAGCACAAUUUUGUUGCCGAUGUUUGCUUGAAUUCAAAAGAAUCCCCUUUGCAAAGCUAUCCUUAAUAAUUGUCUUUUAAAUUUUUAUACGCAUGAUGCUUAAGUGUUAAUGAAAGCGGGUAUGGCAACCGCUCAAGGUGAAAACACACGACUUUUCGAGUGAAAGUGAUUCUCAUUAUUUCAGUGUUCGGUGUGGCUCCCAAAGAAGAUCAUUACCGGAAUUUUCUAUCGCUCGUAUUAAAAUAACACAUAAGCACGCAAAACAGAUUAAUAAGGUAUCAGGAAGUAAAACGGCCCUAAUCCAUAUUUAUCUUCUUUAUGUGUACAUCGAACUAAAGAAAAUGUAUAAUGUCAAAGUUGUCAAGACGCUUCCAGGACAAAUGGUGCGUGAAGGUUUAAAACGACUGUGUUUGGCUAUUUAGUGUAAAUGGCUGUUACAGAAGGAAACAUAUGUGCAUGUCUCUUAAUUUUUUGCGCCUCAGACUUUUACCUCUAUUCCGACAGAAGUAACUGUAUUUCUCGAAACCGUUUUGUUGUCGUUAAAUGUUACAGCCUGUGAUUGGUUCAAAAAUAUGUAACUGACGCCUCUUCUUUGAAAUGGGUUUUAGUACUCUAGCUCAUAAAUGUUCCAAUCGUUCUCAAAGAAUAACUGAUCGCGCUCUCCUUUGACGCUGUCCUAAAAAUGCUUGUUUUUCAUUUAUUCACCCAGUUGGAUAUCUUCAGGCUAUUACAUUGCUUGAAGGCACCAGAGGAAAACUUAUUUCAUAAUAUGAUAGUGUACGAGGUUUCGAAAUACUUGCGAUGCAAUGAAAGUCCAGUUCGUGCGCUUCUCGUUUCACUAGUUACCGUUUUCCACGUCUAAAUUUUCAUGGAAAUUAUUUAAUUUUGUCCCGGCAUCCAGCCACUAAGAAAAAAAUAAAGGAAACUCUUUCGUCCAGAGUAAUUUGCUUCUCCUAAGGGCAUUGUACUAUGCGAAUAGAUUAAGUGUCUUACUCAAAAUAUAUUAUAAUGAAUUGACCUUUCGUCCAGUAGAGACCGUGUUUUACGUGUUUGCGUCAAAUAAAGUUCAGGAUAUUGUAUUUUCAAAAUAAACAUUUGCCUAAAAAAUUGAUUCGUUGAUACGCCUACAAUUCAAAUCUAUCAGGUGCGCGGCAUGAAAUCUAGAAGCGAACCUUUUUCACAAAAUAAGUAACAAGAGUUCGGUAUUCUUGAACGAAAAUAUGGAUUUAUGAAAUUAUAUAAAAGCAAUUCAAAUAAAUAUAUAUCGUUGUUUAUUAACUCCUUUUGUGUGUUUUAUUAGAAGUAUGAAUUUUGUUUACACAAACGGCUUUCAUUCACGCUGUUAGAAUUACUUUUUUCCAUUUUCGUAAAGAUUAUUUUAAAGGUCGCUGGAAAAUCUCGAUUUUCCCGGCUCGGCGUGCCACAUGUGCUUUCUCUUCAUUGUGAAAAAGACAGGGCAGCAACAGUGAAGGUCCCAUCAAGUUGAACAACUUCAUUCUUCCUUUUCCAGAAAGUUAAAACCCGUAGGAAUUCUGCUCGAAACGCUCUAUUCAUGACUCCGUAUAUUACAGGAUUAAUGAAACAACUGCCAAAACCGAGAUAUAUAUAUAACAUGAAAACCUGCCGUGGGAUAGCGAGUUUAUGCGCUGAGAAAGAAUCAACCAUGUCAAUAAUAGCUAUAGGUCCCCAACAGAGGAUAAAGCCCAGCACAGCCGCGAAAAGUGCCUUUGUUAUUUUUACUUCUUCCACAUUCAGUCGAAGAGUCGCCCCUUUUCUUGUAUUGUUCAUCUCCUGAUUAUGUUGUUUGAUGGUUGUAAAAAUCUUGUAAUAUGCGAAGGUGAUGAUUCCAAUGGGAACAGAGAUGUAGAUAACAUCCAAAUACGCCAUGUAUGCCAUGUCCAGGUACGGUGUAUCGAAGUCCAUAAAACAGAUAACUUUACCGUAGUGUACGAUAAAUGUGGCCCACUGAGCCAUCGAUGAAAGCCCUGCACCAAAAGCUGCGAAAAGUGUUAUGGCAACCACAGAAAUACAUGUUGAUUUUACUUUAAAACGCUGGCGAUAAAGAUUGGGUUUCACCACGCGAAAAUAUCGGUUCACAGCCGUUGCAGUCAUAAGCAGCAAAGAGUAUAACGCGCAGAAAAAACAGAAAAAUCCUUGGAAAUGACAAACAGCACUGCUGAAUGGCCACUCUCCUGUUAUAAGAAGAACCAGGGACAUUGGCAUACAGAGUACUGCCAUGAGCGCAUCAGAUAUGGCCAGAGUAACGACAUAGAUGUUUGGUAUGGUGCGAAGUCGUUGGUUACGGUACACAGCCCAGCAGACUAGCAUGUUACCUAUGAAGGCCAGAAUAUUGAUAAACAUCAUAAGAGCACUUUCGAAGACAACCAAACCAAGUGAUCUUCGCUGAAGUUCUUGGGAAAGAAUUGUUUGCCCCUCACUCGCCAUUGUUCACGAAGCCAAGAAAAUUUGUCUCAGUCGACGAAGCCUCCUGAAUCUUUCAGCACCAAGAGCCACUCCUGUCCAUGGAUGUAAGCCGUAUUCGAUUUACAAUCGGUUGAUGUAAUUUGCUUUCUCGCUGAGAUCUGUGGGUGUAUAGGCUAUUCUUUAAACGAUGCGUUAUCUGCCCUUGUUAGGAAAUGAAAAAGAGGCUCAUUUAAAAAAAAAAAGGCUCAUUUAAAACCCAGGUAACGUAAUAUUGUCUUUAUCAUACUGGGCACAAUUUUGCAUGAUUUUGCAUGAAUUUUUUUGGUGUGAGCAGGUGCACAUUUAUCGGAAAAAGAAACGUAAUUCAGUUGUUGAUUAACAAAAAGGUAAUCACUUUUAGAACAAGUGGUGACACUUUUAUGGAAACUGAUAACAAUUGAGUAGAUAUUGCAGUUAAAUUUCAAAGACCGCAAGGUUUUUUUUUUUUUUUAGGUAAGCAAACGGUUUAUCAUUGGGGCUUAUUUUUCAAAUGAACCCGACGAAGUUCGUGUGAUUCAAAUUAGCAUUUUGUUUGCUCAAAAAAAUACUCGGUAAGCGUGGAGUGGUUUCAUGGAAACAAUUCUUGUGUGUAUGAAUAGAAAUGUCACCAUUAAUGUGACUCAGGCUUAAGAUUAGCAAACAGGAAAGUGAUUAUACCGGAAGAACGAUUUGUAUGAUUUGUAUAUACUGAAAACUUAACGCCUGGAGGAUACUGUAUUAGUAUUUUUCAACGAAACCAGUUUGAAAUUUAAGAAAAGCAAAAAUUUCAGGAAUUUUUUUUUAAUAAAAAAACAGGGACACUUAUUACAAUAUAUUGAAACAUAAUACCUCGAAUAAUUAAACACCAAUUUAGUGCAUGUAAAUCAAUUCUGAUAACUUUGACGUAAGGGAGAAAAAUUUCGUUGUAUGAGUCAAAUUUUAGUAAAACGAGUUUGGGUCUUUUUUUCGUUUUGUUUUCUCUUUUUUCGUGAUAUUUUUCAAUUUUCAAGUCUUUUGCCUUUUUGAAAUUCAUUAGACAGAGCUGCAAAUUGUUAUUGGUGUCAUUCCGGGACAAAAAUUUUUAAACGAAUCUUACAUAAUGAAUUGAAUUUGUUUUCAAACUCUUUCGGUACACGAGGCGGUUUCGAAAUUGCCAGUCCAAGCAACUUAUAGGAUAUAGGAUGAGUGGUCGACAGUACUUACCAUUCUUUGCAGAGAAUUGAUCUCUCUCAAUGGUUUUAUUUCUCUCAGGCGGGACGAAGGUUAUCUUGAGCACUUUCUCUAAACAUACCCUAUCACUUGUGUAAAUAAUUUUUGUCGAAAUCAAAGCAUAAUUAAUCUUUCUCUUUACAGUAAAUGCACGGCCCAGGUAUCAAAAAACUCGUCUAGUAUCCGAUCAUGUUUGUGUGUACUUUCGACGUAUUUCACUACAGAGAUAACGCUGUUGAAGACUCCGGUCAGUGGCAGUUUGGCUCCUGUGCACGUUUUUCACCUACAAGGCGUAAACAUAGAUUUGAUCUGACGUUAAAGAAAGUAAUCUGCAGCCUAAUUAAUUUCAUGUAACAUCGACAGCUGUCAUAAAGUCUAAAUUAAAAUUUGAACAAUUUGUCAGUAUCCAUUAUAUAUUUUCAACACAGCCUGCGAGAUACUUUUUUUAUUCCAAGAUGAGACUCCCAUAGUAUUUGAGUUGAGUUCAAGAAAGAGAGGAAAACCGACACAAUUUCUUAAUUAACUUUAUUCGGUCGGUUUGACGGGUUUCUUCAAUAUGUAUCCUCGUUUCCUUACACAUUUCGAGAUUUAAAUUGGAUUUUUUUUUACCUCAAAAGCAAAAAUAAACUUCACACAUCAUUUCGUGAUACACGUAAUUGUAAUUAACGCAGAAAAGCUCAUUACAGCUUAGAUAUACUGCUAACAAUGAACAAUGACGGUCGUUAGAGAGAAUUUCAAACUGCCUGCACAAUAAUUUGCCUCCAUUUUGCAAUUAAUCGCGUAAAACGUAUGUAAUCAGUGAUCAGAUGAAGGUGAGAACAGCUCAGGCUUUGUGUUAAAUUUUAGUUAGCUCCCAGUAAUGCUCAAUUUUGAUUUACUUUUAUUUUUGUUGUGCUUGUUUGUUUGCUUUUUCGGUUUUGAUUGAGUUGUAAAAGCGUUUAGCCUAAAAAUGAGGGUGUUUAUCGCUGAUCUCUUUGACACUAAUGAGCUAUUUAUGUUUCAACACUCCUCCAUUCCAUUAGCCGGCAGAGCAGGCGUGAUUUUGGUGAGCGAGUGCGUAGAUUUUUCUUGGUGAAAAUUUUAGCGGCCACAUCUGAUAUUUACAGUAGCGGAGGGAUGGGGAGAGAAAGAAAUUUGUACCAAGGGAGUGAGCGACAGUCAAAAGUAUGAAGAGAGGAGAGGGACGGGGCAUCGGAACCAUUGUUGUUUGGGCUUAAUUUGUUUGCAAUUGAAUAAGAAUUUCAUGUUGAACGUAUUUUACUUAUGGUUACUCCUUCACUCCACAGAGGAAUUCCAGAGAGCUGUCCGUAUCUCAACAGGGCAGACAUUGGACCCGUAUGUAGUUCACACGGUAUUUCAGCUAUUCGAUAAAGACGGUGAGAUUUUUAUUUUUGUACUUCGUGCAGGGGAGACUCGCUUAACCACCUUCCACCGGCCUCGUAUUACGAACACUUCGUGUAUUACGACCUUUUUGUGCUCUCCGUGGGAAUUAAAAAUCAAACCCUUUCUUGACUGAGGUGCCUCAUUACCACGACCAGCGCUUUUGAUAUAUACGAACAACUCUCCACUCUUUCAUGCUCAGCACACUUACCGCUUGCAUUCAUAACCCGUUCUUUACACACCUUCGUAGUUUGAACCAAGUGUCAGAUGGCCAAGGGUCAUGUUAAUACUUAAGCUCCUAAGACAGUCUAAUUCGUAAUUUUCCUUACACACAUUUCCCUAUUUGCCUGUCGCAGUUUCCGUCGUUGUCAUCUUUUGCUGUAUAGUGAAUUAAUAGUGUAAAUGAAAGUUAUUUGUAAAUCACAUCAGCAAAUUAAAGGAAUAACUUAAUAUUUCCAGCCCAGUGUAUUUCCUUGCCGAAGAACACAACACACGAGGCUUGCAAUUCGGAUGUUUAGAUCCAUGAUAGUGCGAAGGUAGUAACUCUCAGCCCAUGAGUUCCUUUGCGAGGAUAACAAGGUGUUUUUGGGAGAAAUUCAAGUUUGCCUCCACCUCCAGAACUACUCGUACUGGUACAAGCAGCGGUUCUUUUUGAAUUAGCAAGUAAUGUAACGUCUCUUCGUUAUUCUUCAGGUGAUGGUAAACUAAGUUAUAGCGAGUUCAUAGAGUUGAUGAAGGAUCGCCUCAAGCGUGGAUUCAUGGUAAGUGUUUUAGUUUUGGAACACAACUUUAACAUCUUAAGGUCCACGUUUACGUGGCUCUUAGCGUUGUAUGACGCGCGUUUUCUCCGCGCACGAGAUGACAUGAGACGAUUCUGGGAGAGAUUUACCGGGAGUCUGGUACUGAUAAUAACUGAUAAUCAACUAUGAUGAAACAGAUAAAGUUUUACUUUAGGAAAAGAUAAUCUUCGAAUUCGGGAGAUAGUGGACGCCCCCCCCUCCCACCCAAAAAAAAAAAACCUUUAAGAAGCAUUGGCGGGGGUACUAGUGCAAAUAAUGCACUGUUUAGUAGUGAAGGAGUCUGUUCAUCUGAUCCGGACGUUGCAUGUAACUUCAAAUCCCAAACGGGUCAAGCUUCACUUAAUUCUGUAAGUUAAUUCCAGAAAAAAUGGUCAAUUCAUAGGGCGUUUUGGUCCAUUGCAUAGCUUAAAACUUGUUGGGACUGGUCUGUAGAGUUGAUAAAGGCUUCAAAUCAACCGAACAUUGAUUUCUUUCAAAUCAAUAAUUCAUUCGUUUAUUUGUACAUGUGACGUAGGUAAGACAUAACAUACAAAGUAAGGUUUAAGAAUGAAACUAGAAAAGAAAUUGUAUAUAUCAUGUAUGUACCGCUAUUAUUCAAGGCUUACAAAUAUGAAUAUUCACUAAAUACUUAAAAAAGCUGCUCUUCCAAUCGUCUUUCUGAUCUUAAUCAAAAUCUUUCUCCUAACUUCCGGUUUUAAAGAAUUCUAUUCUUUAGCAGUUUAUUCGUGUAAAAAAAUUCCUUUUGAGAUAAAGAAGACCCCUAGGCAUAUCAAGAAUGAGUCCAUUCUAUUCGAAAAAAUAAGGUUACCUGUACUCUUAGCCAAUGCAUUUUGAUGUCUUGCGAGGCAGAUUCUCCCGAAAAAUGCCUUCGCCAGGUUUUCCAGGUUUAUCCGAACGCAAUCUUUUUUAAUUCACCUCUGAUUAAGUCCCUCUUUGCCCCAGCUUUACCUCUCUGUCUCUGUGAUCUGUUUGAGUUUUCGCUUCAGGCGUUAAGGCGUGGAUACUAUACUUUGGUGAUCCCAAUAAACUCCCAGGAUUUGAUGUAUUUGACAGUUCUCCCUUUCGGCUGCUCUACUUAACAAUUGGUUCAUACGUUAGCGUGCGUUCAUCGAGAUAUGAAGCACGCGGGAAGUUUGGAGAGCACGAAAGAUGCGUAAGAGUUGCUCGCGGCGUAGCCGCGAGCAACUCUAGCUUCUUGUUGUCUUAUUCUUGUUAAUCAGUGAAGAGAAUUGGGAGUUGCAUCAAGAUAACACCGUCUGUCAGAUGAGUUUAUCUAUUCCUAUCAUCUGCUUGUUGUAGAAUGUACUGAAGUCGUUAGAUGAAGUUACAUUUUGGUCAUACGUUAAAGGGUUAAUCACGUGCCAAUAGUAGCGGCCUUGUAACUGUUUUCAAACGAGAGCUCAUUUUUACAGCUUCUAUUUUUUUCUUUUCGUUAUUUCUUUCUUCCUCUCCCUUUCUCUUUACUUUUUGCUUGACCCGUUCCUUUUCUUAUCAGUCAGUUAUCAAGCACGGGCAGGUAUUCUGGCAGAUAUAUUUUCUGUAAUAACAAAGCUUAGUGUUGUUGUUUUUGGCCGUUGAAAGUGAUGCUAAUCCCUCUGUAACCUACAAAGUAGCGAAAAAUCAGCUCAUGGUUGCCUCUUCAUAAGAGCAUGGGAAGACCUGUAAGACGAAAUGACCGGCGCCGGGCGAAUAUUUCCCCAGAUGAGCUAGAGGAUCCAGGGUUGAAUUUGAAGCAUUUAUGCGGGUCCUCAACUGAUGAAUGUGAUGAACCUUUUUUGUCAAUAGGCACGGUGACGAGGAACUGGCCAUAACAUGUUGAUACUUGUCUGUUUGGUGCCUCCGUGGCUCAUUAAGUAAUUCCAGUUGUGGAAACAAAGCUUACCCAGGGAAAAGGAGGCUUUUUUUAAUCUGAUUCUUCCGUUAUCAAAGUGAUACAUUGACCUUUUUCUAGAGAUUUUAAAGAAAGUCUAGCUUUAGUCCAAAUACCAGCACGUUCGUGAUUCAAACUUUCCUAUCGAAAAUACAGAGUUGGCUGAAGCUUAAUCAUUGAGUAAAGAGAUGUCGGUGUUUUCAAACCCAAUUUUGGACUCUGCCGUAACUUAGUGUCUGUGCAUAGUAAAAUUAAGCCUGAGUAUUGUUCUUCAUUUGCAAUGCGGGAAAAUUUUCCUCAUUCCCAACCAUUCUGGUUCCUUCUUCCAUUUUUGAGUUAUUUUUCCUCUUUAUGGUUUUUCACUGCACUAGCAGAUGAUUUCAUGUAUUUUGAGCCGUCCUUUUGGGGUUUUCUCCGUGACUCUGUUCAAUGUGUCGUGAUAUUGUGGUUUGAGUGAGACUUGAAACUCAGGAGGGUGUCUUAAAGUUAUAAUAUUUCCCUCUUAUUGUCGACAGAAGGGAAUCCUUCCGCGAACGUGGUUCUCAACAACAAGGGACUUUGCCCAGAGUGUUUUGAUUGUCAUGUUUAUCCGGAAGUGUCAAAAAAAACACUCGGAAAAACUUGAGUCGAUUUAUUUUUUCUGUUCACAGGAAGCACAGUGUGUCAGCACAGCAGUUUUUAAGCGUUUUAUAAAUGUUCACACGUAGAUACAACUUCCGUGGUGCUGUUCAAAUAACAACACUUAUGUUCCUUGUUUGUGAAAAUGUCAACGGGUAGCGAACACACGGGUCUAAUUAUAAGCGUGACGGGAAGUCAUCAACUUGCGUGACAAGUUUAGUUUCAGUACCAAAUGCGUUUAGUCACACUUGAGCUAUAACGCCGGUUGAUAGUAUUGGUGUGAGUUAUUCAUCGUAUUUGACAGGUCUCUUCAGGCUCAGUGGUUUAAGUGUGAGCUCUUGUCGUGUUAGUAAAUCUCUUCAGUACUGUAUCUUUUUCUUAGCCCUCUUGGCAUUUUGUCAGAAGUUUUUCAAGUGUCUUUAUUGCCAUUCUUCGGACCGUUCUCGGUCCUUGAUUGUAGAGUGAAUUGUGCAGUGGUAACUACUCAACUUUUAAAUCACAUUUUUCUCAGUAAAAUCUCUGUUGCCGUCGGAAUUGGGACCUACUUCGAAGUUUCUGUACCUUUUUAAACUCGUUUAGGUCAAGUGUAAUCUCUGUGAAGUGUUAAUCUAUGUUGAAACUAUUUAAUACCUUUUUUUUUUUUUUUUUCUUAUUGUCUUUUUUUUCCAAUUUCGCUCCGAAAUGAUAAGUACUUAUUUUUAAUUUUAUUGACACUCGAGUAUGUGGUAUGUGAGGUGUUUAUUUUCUGAUGUGUUCCUUCGUCGGAAUGCUUUGUGCCGCCACUGAUGUCGUGGAGUUUUGUAUAUAAACACAAUUGUAUCCUUGCAGUGAAUUUAUGCAGCGUAAUGUAAUAAUAUGUAUCCAUCAGGUACCAAAUCGUCUUCGUUUAGGUCAAAUGUCGAAACUAAAUACAUUAAUCUUGUAAUGUAUCUAUUUCAAUGACUGAUGGCGACGCCUUAUUAGCAGUGAGAUGAACAUUAAGUGUCACAGUCAUUUCCUGUCUACAGAUCGCCUUGUGUGGCAUGGGAUUGAUUGAAGUAUGGUACUAAUUUGUGACUUAUGACUUAAAGAAGAGGUGCGACCGGUUAUUCAAAGUGGCAUCUUAGUGAAAUCUCUUAUAUAAACAGGUCCCGGCGUCAGAGAAGACAGGCUGGCAGGGAUUCAAGCAGUGUAUCAAGAGAGAGAUGUCCUUGUAGCAAGGUCGGGGACUAGCUGUUAUUUAUUAAAAUUUUCCUGGUUUGGCGUGAACUGUCAAACAAACAUAGUGUUUGCAACGCUCUAGAUAAUGAAAACUGAAUUUCCUGCAUACGAAUGGAGGAAAUCAAACUAACGUGCAU